AUGGCUAAUGAACUAAAAGAAAUAAACGAUAUCGUGAAAAAAUGUAAAAUUCUGCUUUUGGACAUCGAAGGGACUACAACGUCGAUCAGCUUUGUUAAGGACAAAUUGUUUCCGUAUGCUGAAGAAAACGUGAAGACAUUCCUGGACAGUCAGUGGGAGAAUGAAGAUGUAAAGAAUGCCGUGACUGCACUAAGGAAGCUGGCCCUAGAAGAUAAAGAGAAAAGUGUUGAAGGGGUUGUUUCUAUACCUGGAGAGGAUGCAUCAAAAGAAGACCAGAUUGAAGGUAUUGUCAACAAUGUGAAGUGGCAGAUGUCUUCUGAUCGCAAAGUUGGUGCUCUGAAACAACUUCAAGGAUUGAUUUGGAAGCAAGGCUAUGAUAAAGGAGAUAUUAAGGGCCACGUUUACGACGAUGUUCUCCCGGGAUUGGAACAGUGGCGAGCUGUUGACGGUCAGAAGGUCUACAUCUACUCUUCUGGAUCUGUUCAAGCUCAAAAAUUAUUGUUUGGACAAUCCCUGGCUGGAGACCUGCUUAAGUUUAUUGAUGGAAAUUUCGAUACAGCAGUUGGUUCUAAGCAGGAGGCAGCAAGUUAUAAGGCCAUAGUGGAUAAAAUAGGUUGCAGUGCUGAAGAUGUGCUGUUUUUAACUGAUGUUGUUAAAGAAGCGGAAGCCGCCAAAUCUGCUGGUCUAUACACAGCUCUAGUCACAAGAGAAGGCAAUGCACCACUCACAGAUGAAGACAAAAGUUCGUACCCUGUGAUUGAGUCGUUUGGGCAACUUACAGUCUCAAACAAACGCAAGACCGACCCUCAGGACGAACAACCCGCCAAAGUUCUUAAGACUGAUAUAAAUGAUGACGUAAAGACUGCGACCGAAUCCGCCGAAGAAAAAGUGGCGUCACCUACUGAAAAGGUAGCAGAAGAAAAAAUGGAAGUGGAUGAUGCCGCUGUUGAAGCGAAGAGCGAAACAAUUAUUGAAGAAAUAACCGAUGCUAAGGAUACUGAUGCUCCAGUUUGUGAUAUUAAACCAAUUGUAACUGAAGUCGAUGAUGGCCAAGAAAAAGAAGAAAAAAUGGAAACUGAAAUAAAUGGAAGUGUUGCUGCUGAAAAAUCUGCAGAAAAGUCGCAAGCUAAAGAAACGUCAGACGAAAAAACUCCCAAAAAGGCUAAUGAACUGUCGAAAGACCAAGUGGUUAAAGAAGACAGUCCUGUCGCGGAGGAGACCCCUCCUGCUGUAAUCACAGAAAUAGAAGAAAUUACAAACGAGAAGGAAUCACUUGCAGAUGCUGCUGAAAUAAUUGAGGGGCUGGAUCCGGUUGUUGAAGAACCAGGAACGGAAGCUGAAAUAGAUAACUUGCAAAAUGUAAGUGAGGAAUUGGAAAAAGAAUGUGACGAGAUAUUAUCUAAAAUGAAGAAUGUUGCAAAUUUAGAAAAUAUGAAGCCUCUAUUAAAACCUAUAAUUGAAGAAUCUAUGGAAGUCGAAAAUCAUGUACCCAAUGAAGGCGAUAAAGUUUCAGAUACCAAAGUGGAAUCAAAAAAUGAUAGUCAGCCAGCUGUAUCUGAAAGCAAAGAAAAGAAGGAUGUAGAGGAAAAAGCCGGUGAAAGUAAAGAACCCAAAGUCCUAGAAGCAAGUGAAGACAAAAGUAUUUCAAAUGAACCUAUUGCUGAAAAGGCUAAAGAAACAAAUGGAAUUGAUAAAAUUGCAGUGCCCACUGACGAAACUGAAGUUAAACAGGAAAACGACUCAAAACCUACGGAUGUCGUAACAGAAACGAAAGCCGAAAAAGAAAUUGUGCCGAAAAAUACAAAUGAGAAACAAGCCGAACCAGAAACAUCUGAAUCAAAUGACACAAAGGAAACAAAGAGUGAAAAUGAAGUUCAAUUAAAUGGUGAUGCGACAAAUGGAACUGAAAUUAGCCAAAAUGGUGUCGAAAAAGUAGAAGAAAGGCUUUCGGCAGAAAAUGGGAAAGAAAUGAACGGCUCAAAUGGCACUAACGAAACAGAAGAAGAAAUUAAGUCUGUUUCGGAGAUCAAAGUUAAAUCCCUCUCAAAGGAAGAAUCACUUCCAGACCCCAUAGAGCAAGCGACAGAGGCAUAA